UGCUGCAGACAACAAGUCGGCUUCAAGGUGGCCCGAGCUGUGUGUGUGUGAUCUGAAUUCAUCAUCACUGUGUCUGGGUGUGGUCCCCUUAUCUGUCUCAUAUCUGCUGUUAUAUCUCCCAGAGCCACCAUCACAGGGACCAGCAGCAAAUCACCACAGGCUAACUCAGUAUAUAAAUCAGAUCUAUCACUUCCACCAUCAGACACUGUGAGCAUCAGACAAUUAUGAUGAGUGCACAAUUCCAGGUCCCAUUACUGGCUAGCUCAAAUGUUUGCAGAUUCAAUCCCACCCAGACUACAAUUGCUUUGGAAAAACCGUACUGCUUCUAUAUAAGUGUAGCUCCAGCCGUGGUCUCGCUGUAUGUAGCGACGAAUGGUGCCCCAAGCACAGCCAUUUCUAGCACCAAUACCUACACCACAACGGGUGCCGGGUCUACAGCUCCGUACUUGGCGGCAACUUUUGAAAACCCCAACUGCACCAAUACCCCUGUGAUCUCUCAGCUAGGCGACCCCUCCGUUGUGCAAAGCAUUCUGGACCGAUACAUUGUCCGAGUGGGGAACGAUGAAAACUGCUUUAAUAAAAUUCCUUGCAAUGGACCACUCAAGAAUGGCACCGGUUACAGAUUUAAGUAUUUGUUUUACAAUUCAAAUGGAAACAUGGUGUAUGAAUCAGACUGGUCAUCCCAAAUCACCACUAGUACAGGUAAAUCCCCUGGGAACAUGGACACCUGGCCCGGUGGCAGAAGCGGUGGAAUGAUUGUAAUCACAUCUAUUCUCAGCGUACUGAUGUUCCUCAUCUUGGCAGGUCUCGUUGCAGCAGUUAUUUCCAACCUUGUGGAUCAGUCUUCUGUUCUAGGAACUACUACUACUACUACACAUGAAACGCGUACAACGCAUAAUGCGCCACGUAAAUCUGAAGGUGUUACGUAUGCUACAACCACAGAACCCGGACCCGGAGAACGUUAUUCGGCUCAACCACAAACCUAGGGAUCGCUCCACAUUUAGUUAUGUAAGAAACCGCCUGUCCUUGGCUUCGGUCACUUUCCUGAUGCGAUGGAGUUCCUCAUGUGUGGACUAUAUAUUGAUUAGUAGGACAUGGGGGAAAUACCUCUUUAAUCCCUGUUGAUGUGACCUGGGACAUAACUGUGUCAUAUAUGCAGAAAUAUAUAUAUAUAUAUAUAUAUAUAUAUAUAUAUAUAUAUAUAUAUAUAUAUAUAUAUAUUUAUAUAUAUAUAUUAAUAUUAAGUCUCUUGUAGCGGUUUUCAAAAUGACAUUUGCAGUGUAAAAUAACAAUUGCCAUUCUCCUAAACGAUUUGGUUUGGAUUUCAGUAAUUGGUUGUGCUAUAAUGCUUUGCAUAAGCCCUUUACCGAUUUAGAGGUUUUAAGAACACAGUGCAUUGUUUUGUAUACUUUCAUUAUAUUCCUUUUUUGUCCAAAUAAAUGUUUUUUGUUGGUUGUU